GCUGUUGCUCCUCCUGCCCCGCUCCCACCUGCGGCGGCGGCUGCCCCGGCCCCGGCGGACGGACCGGGGGGGCUGCCGCCGCCGCCGGCGCGCUCGGUCUGUCCCUGCCGCCCUCCAGGAUGAGCCCGGAGUAUUUCCUGCGCUCCUUGCUGCUCAUCAUCCUCGCCACCUUCUCGGCCAACGCCAGCAACUGGCUGUACCUGGCGAAGCUGUCUUCGGUGGGGAGCAUCUCCGAGGAGGAGACCUGCGAGAAGCUGAAGGGCUUGAUCCAGCGCCAGGUACAGAUGUGCAAGAGGAACCUGGAGGUGAUGGACUCGGUGCGGCGCGGAGCCCAGCUGGCCAUCGAGGAGUGCCAGUACCAGUUCCGCAACCGCCGCUGGAACUGCUCCACACUGGAUACCCUGCCUGUCUUUGGCAAGGUGGUAACGCAAGGGACACGGGAGGCAGCGUUCGUCUAUGCCAUCUCUUCGGCAGGGGUGGCCUUCGCAGUGACCCGCGCCUGCAGCAGCGGCGAGCUGGACAAGUGUGGAUGUGACCGCACGGUGCAGGGGGGCAGCCCGCAGGGCUUCCAGUGGUCGGGCUGCUCUGAUAACAUCGCCUACGGCGUGGCCUUCUCACAGUCCUUCGUCGACGUCCGCGAGAGGAGCAAAGGGGCCUCUUCCAACAGAGCCUUGAUGAACCUGCACAACAACGAGGCAGGCAGGAAGGCGAUCCUGAACAACAUGCGGGUGGAGUGCAAGUGCCACGGCGUGUCCGGCUCCUGCGAGUUCAAGACGUGCUGGAAAGCCAUGCCCCCCUUCCGCAAAGUGGGCAACGUCCUGAAGGAGAAAUUCGACGGUGCCACGGAGGUCGAGCAGAGCGAGAUCGGAUCCACCAAAGUGCUGGUGCCCAAAAACUCCCAGUUCAAGCCGCACACGGACGAGGACCUCGUCUACCUGGACUCCAGUCCCGACUUCUGUGACCACGACCUCAAGAACGGCGUGCUGGGUACCAGCGGCCGGCAGUGCAACAAGACCUCCAAGGCGAUCGAUGGCUGCGAGCUGAUGUGCUGCGGCCGGGGCUUUCAUACGGACGAGGUGGAGGUUGUGGAAAGGUGCAGCUGCAAAUUCCACUGGUGCUGCUCCGUCAAGUGCAAACCCUGCCAUCGGGUGGUGGAAAUCCAUACGUGCCGGUGAUGCACGGCGGGGAGCGCCCUGCUUCUCCCUUGCCCCACGGCCAGGACUGAGGAAGGAACCCAGACGCUGCAGGGAGAGCGCAGCUCUUCACAGAGACAGAGCCCCAGAGGAAAACAGAUUUUAAAGGAAAAAAAAUAUUUAAAGUUUCAAAAAAACUGAGCAUUCUUGGCUUCUUUUUGAUGAUGUUCUGUUCGCUUGCUUUAGUCAUUGCUGAAGCCAGAGCCCCUUGGUGCCCUGCGCCAGCAGGGAUGCAUCUGCGCUCAGUGGCUGGCUGGGGACCUGCGUGAUGCUGCUCUCAUCAGACGUGCUCCUGCUGACUCGGGAGCGCUGCAGACAGGAGGUGUUUAAGCCGGGGCUGGCGUUGGGUGCUCGGGUAUCUUCUGCUGCAGUUGUUUUUGUGUCUUUAAGCAACCCAGGGCGCUGCUGGCCUUGGCUGAGCCUGGGGAGGGGAUGGAGCUCAGCCAGCGCCUGCAGCCCUGCAUAGGAUGAGCAGAUGGUGACAGGGUGGCACUGUCCCCAGGAGGCAAAGCUCAGUGCAGGGUGAUCCCCAUGAAGGGGAUGCAGGGCAUUCCUGCAUCCCCCUGUUGCAGGAUGCUCCAUGGCCUGCUGGGCGUUGGAUGGAUUUGGAGCAGCUCCAGUGGUCGCUCUGAUUUACAGUGACCUCAGCAGCUGCCCAGGGCGAUCGGAGGACGCAGUGUUCCCACCAUGCUCUCCUUCCCCUUGCAAGCC